CCGGUAUUGCUUUAGAAAUGCCAAUCCGAAAGAAAAAGAUAGAGCUAAAUAAAGUCUUUCUUCGGCGAGGGCUAGAAUUACUUCUGAAGUAUAGUUAGUGCAGUAUCAUGUCUUUCCUGGACGUGCUGUAUUGUUUGACAGUCUUAGUUAUAGUUUCUUAGGAACAAACAAAUGUGAUCGCAGAACGGUCGAAAAUUAUGUAAAAACUAUGUUAGAAAUUAUGCAGAAAGUUCAGUUUUUUUCGUUUUUUGCUGCGACGCGGCAUCCACCUCGUGGACAAAGUAUCACAUUCGCUCGAGGAAAAUCCGAUGUCAAACUGUGGACGGCGAGUCAAAUCCUAUCCUAUCCUAACUACAGUCAAACGUAAAGAUGGUUCCCUUGCAGCUCCGGAAGGAGCACGGUUCUUCUUCAUUUUGGGAGGCUAAUGUUCUUGGUCAACAGCAGCAUGACCAUCCUAGAGCAGAUUACAAGACCGAGAACACAACAAAGUUCAUCAUUUCCGACGCCUGUCUUCGAUAUUUCGCUUCCUAUGCGCACAAACUCGCUCCAUUGCUGCCUUCGCAGAGUUCUUUAUGGUGACAUCUUUCUAUUUAAUUGAUCGGAUAUUUAUAGGAUAUUCUGAAGAUGCAGUCCUGAAAAUGUGAAAAUCAUCAAUGCCUUACACUCUACUUUGGCUUUAAAGUUAUAGGAUAUUUUUGAUUCACUUUUACUUCUUCUAGUAGUGUAUUUCUUCUAGUAGUGUAUUUCUAAGACCAAGACCAUCCUCUCCAACUAGUUCGAGCAGUUCAAGAACAUCACAAAGCAUGAUCGACCUGUUUCUUCCGGGUGUCGAUGGUGAGACGUGGCGUUUCAUACUGAACAUUCUGGGAACACCACGAACCGCAACCGCAAUUACGGAUGGCAGUUAUGUUCAAUUAAUUUCAAGGUGGUGUAUAUUCCACUUAGGCGGCUUAGGGAUAGGAGGUAUGUUCGAUGUACUUAGAGAUGGGAGUUAUAUAUAAUGAUGUUCGAUGUACUUAGAGAUGGGAGUUAUAAUGAUGUUCGAUGUACUUAGAGAUGGGAGUUCUUCUGUUCAAUCGAAAGGUGUAUAUGGUGCUAGAGGUGCGGAGUUGGAGAAUGUUGACAACUCUCCAUAACAUGUUGGAAUUGGAUAGAAACAGGAGGAUAAACCUCGUGUAGUCAGUGUCAGGUAACAUGUUGAAGAUGAUUAGGAACAAAAUAGCUGACGUCUAUUAGGAUUCACACAAAAACAAAAAUUAUGCCAGCACAUCUCUAAACGACGUUUACCAGAAUCUAUCAGUACUUUGGCCAUAACCAAGUAGAUGAAGAACAAUUAUGACCCGUACUAGAAGCGAAGCCCCAUUCAAUACCCAUUCCAUCUAAUACAUUCCGAAAAACACUACUCCUACCCCGAGCGCGGCAAAUAUCAUUCAGGAUGCAUUUGGCUUUGACUCAGCGGAAACAGCCAGCAACGUUCUCAAGAACCUCUUGGCAGUGCAGUUAAGGCUCGAUACAAUUCAUUUCCAACGGUGGUUUUCUUCUGUUUCCUACUUUGGAUUCUGAAGAAAUAUCGCGUAGAAAUGAAUUGCUUUGCGCUCCAAUACAGGGAAGACACGAAGAGGCGGAAAAAAUUGGUAUCUUGUGGGGUUCGUCGUGCUGUCUGUUGA